CCCUCAUUGGCGCACUGCCUUUCAUGGCUGCCUUCCCGGGACGACGUCUUUGUACGAAGCUCCAAACUCUGACUUGCGCAGGCCUACGUCAGCUCCCCAAACAACGCGUAACCGCCUGAUUCUGGACCAAUGGCUAGUGAAAGGCUCAACAAGCGGCUGAAGAUGCUGAACGGAGCUCCAUUGACCACAAAUCUCGACUGGCAUGAGAUUGCAUUGACUACGGAGCUAGUUCCUGCUGUCGCGGGCUUCCUGAACAAGACUGUGACAGCAGCUAAGCGAAAUGAGUCCUCGUCAGAUGUCAAGUGGCGACACAUAACAAGUUCGCCCACACGUCUUAGGUCUGGAUGGUCUCAGCCCUACCUUCCACAGGGCGGCAUCUGCUUCACCGAACCUAGCUUCUCCUUCUCGGCUCCCAAUCCGGGACAGUCGUUAGAAGGAGAUGCAGAAAACUCGACUUUUUUGGAAACGACGAAUAGCUUUAAUUCCACUUACACAGAAGUCGAUGCCUUCCUCCGGCAUUCUCUUGUUUUUCAUGAUACCCUUUUAUCGUCUCAACUCACGGAUCCUCUCGCCGUCGACCAACCCAUUUCCUCAUCUUCUUUUCUCACCUCUUCAUUCGGUACCACAGCGACAGGGACGAGUAGCCCAUCAAGACAAGAGAGUUCCAACAUCACCCUGUCGAUACCACAUGCAUUGACAAUAACAUCCCUCUCUUCUCUUCCAUCGCCAGAAUACCUCAGGUCAAUACAUCCCCAAACCCCAACGCCGAAUCUUCUGUCCGUCCUGACCUCCAUGGCUCCUCCUCGCGACAUCCUAGUCCGGAGGGGUAACUAUCCAAUGAAGCUCCAAGAGAUCACUGUGGCAGACGAAACCGAUUCGGAAUUUACAAUCUCAUUCUGGCUCCGCCCUUGUAAGGCCGCUGGUGGAAGUGAAGAGGAUCCUCAAAGGGAUCUACGGGAUCUACUUGGGAGCCUCAAAGUCGGCGACAUUCUCCUCUUACGCAAUAUCGCGCUCAACAUAUUCCGAAACAAUGUGUAUGGUCAAUCUCUUAACCCUACCAUUUCUCGGGCGAGAACAAUGAUCGAGGUACUGAAGAAAGCCGACGGAAGGCCUUUGGCUCCCGAUUUACCUCCCACACUUAAAGAAAAGUUUGAGAAAGUUAAGAAAUGGGCUAGUACCCAUGUUGUGCCCGACUAUUCGAACGAACGAAAAAGGAAAAGGCUAGAGAUUACUUCGAAGAGUUCUGUCAGAGAAGAUGAAAGUCUUCCACCAGAUACUAUGGAAGCAUGAUAAAUCUCUAAUUCAAGUCACAAGAUUGAACGCUAUUGACAUAAUCCCGGAGUCUCGCAAGCAAUAUAGGGAAAGUGAAACCUAGGUGGUUUUCUGUGCUCUGCGUCAAGAUAUUAUAGGGUCAAAUGACUAUUUUUAUGCUUGUCAUUUGCUUGACUGUAGCGGACGUUUCUGGAGGAUGCAAUCAAGUUUACGAUUACCAUUAGAAUGAAAGGGUGGGCGAGUGGUGGACUUGUUUCAUCCACCUACCCCUCCAACAAAUGUCCUGUUCCAGCCCC